CACUGCAGAGACUACAAACGCUGGUCUACAACUUUCCGCAGUUUCGCGCGGCGGUGGCGGAUGUCCGGCGCCCGGACGACACCGACGCCUACUUGCUGCGAUGGUUACGAGCACGUGAGUUCGACACCGUCCGGGCUGAGCAUAUGUUUCGUCAGCACCUGCGAUGGCGCCAGCAGUUUGACGUGGACAGCUUGCUCACUGAGUAUCAGGUGCCCAAGGUGAUGCGCGAACACUUUCCGGGAGGCAUCCUCGACUGCAAUCCGAAGGGACAUCCAGUCUGGAUAAUAAAUGUGGGCAGUGUAGACAUUAAGGGUUUCCUGCAGGUGCUAGCCCCGGCCGAGAUUUGCCGGCACUGCGUGUACCUGCUCGAAUUGCAGGAGAAGAUCAAGAGGGACGCUUCGCGCAAGGUGACUAAAGCCAACUGCUAUUCUCGCUUCAUCUGCAUGUUUCACGCGAUACACACUCCAUAG